AGGACCUCACCGGCUGCCGGCAGCCGCCCUGGUUCCUCCUGCCGGUGCCGGUGGAGGGAGAAACCGCCGGUUCCUUCCUCCCGCCCAGGUGAAACCGCCUCCGCCACAAAUUUGAAUUAAGUGACAAACGGUUUAAAUCACUUUAAAGCCACUGGGUGGGAACCGGCACGGGGGGACCCCCACGUCUGUCCAUCCGUCCGUCGGCAGAGGCCGGAGCGGAGCGCGGCGUCCGUCCGGCGGCGCGUCUGUCCUCGUCCGCUCCACCUCCUCUCGUGAUGUGGAGCCGUUUUGAAAAAUCACCCCACGUUAAACCCCACCCCCGCGCUGCCCAUUGAAAUGGGGCCUCGCCGGGGCCCCACCGCCGUCACCGUCGCCGCCGCCGCCGCGCUUCCCGCCGUCGCCGCGUGCCCCUCGCCCUCGACACCCCCCCCGCCCCGGUUUUGGCGGGCGGCAGGUGGGCGCCGGGCCGGAGCCGCGAAGCGGGACCGAGGCGGCACGUGCCGGGCGGCGGGAUGGGACCUGGGCCGGCGGCGGCGUUGGUGCUGGCGAUGGUGAUGGGGGAGAUGGCGGCGGUGGAACCGGGGGCAGGCACCAAGGAGUGCGGCCAGAGCGAGUUCCGGUGCGGGGACGGUUCUUGCAUCACCAGCGCUUGGGUGUGCGACGGCAGCACCGAGUGCAAGGACGGCUCCGACGAGACGCCGGAGACCUGCCGCUCCCUCUCCUGCUCCCCGAGCGAGUUCAGCUGCGGCGGCCGCCAGAACCGGUGCGUGCCGGCGUCCUGGCGCUGCGACGGGCACCGCAACUGCGAGAACGGCGCCGACGAGCUGGACUGCCCCCCCCGAGCCUGCGCCGGGGACCAGCUGCGCUGCGGCAACGGGGCCUGCGUGUCGCGCGCCUUCGCCUGCGACGGGGAGCGCGACUGCGAGGACGGGGCGGACGAGGCCGGCUGCCCCCCCCCCGCCACCUGCGGCCCCCCAACCUUCCGCUGCAACGACUCGGCCUGCGUCCCCCAGCUCUGGGCCUGCGACGGGGACCCCGACUGCCCCGACGGCUCCGACGAGUGGCCCCGACACUGCGGCCCCUCCCGACCCCCCCAGCCCUGUCCCCCUCUCCAGUUCGCCUGCGGCUCCGGCGAGUGCAUCCACCGGCGCUGGCGUUGCGACGGCAGCCCCGACUGCCGGGAUCGCUCCGACGAGGAGGGAUGCGCCGCCGCCGCCACGUGCCUCCCCGACCAGUUCCAGUGCCGGGACGGGCGUUGCGUGCUGGGGGUCCGGCAAUGCGACGGCGAAGCCGACUGCGCCGAUGGCAGCGAUGAGGAGGGAUGCCACAACGUGACAGCCUGCGACGGCCCCCACGAGUUCAAGUGCCGCUCGGGCGAGUGCAUCCCCAUGGAGCGGGUCUGCAACUGGCACCGCGACUGCCGGGACUGGUCUGACGAGCCCAUCAAAGAGUGCGGGGCCAACGAGUGCCUGGACGGCGGCGGCGGCUGCUCCCACAUCUGCCGGGACCUUCGGCUGGGCUACCAGUGCCUCUGCUUGGAGGGCUUCCGCCUGGGCUCCGACGGGAAGAGCUGCGAGGACAUCGACGAGUGCCAGGACCCCAGCAGCUGCAGCCAGCGCUGCCACAACCUGCCCGGCAGCUACAAGUGCGAGUGCGGGGAGGGGUACCGGCUGGACCCCCGCACCCGCGCCUGCCGCGCCCUCGGCCCCCCCGCCGCCCUCCUCUUCACCAACCGGCACGAGAUCCGGCGCCUGGCGCUGGACGGCGGCGAGUACCGGCGCCUGCUGGGACCCCUCAAGCACGCGGGGGCCCUGGACGCCGACGUGGCCGCCGGCACCGUCUAUUGGGCCGACCUCAGCCAGAGGAAGAUCUACCGAUCGGCGCUGGCCGGCGCGGCGGACGGCAGCCGGCACGUGGCCGUCAUCGGGACGGGGCUGGGAGCGCCCGACGGCGUCGCCGUGGACUGGGUCCACCACAACAUCUACUGGACGGACUCGCGGCUCGGCACCGUCUCGGUGGCCGACGGCGGCGGCGCGCGCCGCAGGACGCUGGUGCGGGAGCCGGGGGCCAAGCCCCGCGCCAUCGCGGUGGACCCGCUGCAUGGUUACAUGUACUGGACGGACUGGGGAGCCAGCGCCAAGAUCGCCAAGGGCGGCCUCAACGGUGCCGACCAGUUCCCGUUGGUGACCGAGGGCAUCGAGUGGCCCAACGGGAUAACGCUGGACCUGCCCUCCCAGCGCCUGUACUGGGUGGACUCGCGGCUCCACGCGCUCUCCAGCGUCGACGUGGACGGGGGCCACCGCCGCACCCUCCUGGCCGACCCCCAGGUCCUCUCCCACCCUUUCGCCAUCACCGUCUUCGAGGACACCGUCUUCUGGAGCGACGUCCUGAGCGAGGCCAUCUUCAGCGCCAACCGCCGGACGGGCGCCGACCUCCGCAGGGUGGCCCAGGACCUCUUCUCCCCCGAGGACAUCGUCCUCCUCCACCCCCUCCGCCAGCCCCCAGGUGAGAACUGGUGCUCCGAGGACAACGGGGGCUGCGGGUUCCUCUGCCUCCCCGCGCCCCAACUCGGCCCCCGCGCCCCCCGAUACACCUGCGCCUGCCCCGACGGCCAGCGCCUGGCCCCCGACGGACGCGCCUGCCUCCCAGACCCCUCAGCCCCAGCCCCGAUGGACGCAGCCCCCAGCACCCCCACAGCCCCCCCGCAGCCCCCGACGCCCGGUCGGGACCCCCACGGCCGGGGGGUGCCCUCGAGCCCCACCACCACCGCCAGCAGCACCGCCAGCACCGCCGGCACCGCCGGCAGCACCAACACCUCCAGCAACGCCACAACAGGCGGCACCGGUGACGCCAUGGGGCACGUGGGGAGCAGGACGGGGCCGACAGCGCUCGCGGUCGUCCUGCCCCUGGCGCUCCUCAUCCUCGCGGCCUUCGGCGCCCGCGGGCUCUGGCGCAGCUGGCGCCGGCGCAGCACCAACAGCAUCAACUUCGACAACCCCGUCUACCAGAAGACCACCGAGGACGAGGAGCCCCUGGGCCGGGGGCAGGGGGGCUUCAGCUACCCCACGCGCCAGGCUGUGAGCCUGGAUGACGACGUGGCCUGAGGACGCGGGGGGGCUCACCCCGCCCCCAGCCCCCCCUGAGGAGGCGCCGGACCCCGGCCGGAUCCUGCACCCGCAUCCCCCCAACCCUGCCGGGACCCCCGACCCAUCACCGGGGCUGGGCGGGACCCCGGUUGACGGUGCCGGACCCCGGGGCGGCCGUAGCGGGUGCGCGCGGCCGUGCCCGGCACCGUGCGGCUGCAGCCGGCCACACGCGUGCCAUC